GCUUUCCGACGCUGCUCCUUGAUCAUGAGUGAAUGCACUUUGUCCUCACACUAUAUACAUGGAUCCGGUCACCCAUCUUGUGGGCUGAGAUGGUUUCUUUGCAAGGCGUCGAUGCAUGGAGAGAGGAAGCCGAACUCACAUUGGCUGCCUCCCGGCAUACAUAGCCACAAUGCAAAGAAACCAUGACAGCCCGAGAGAUGCGAAAAUGGAUCAACUGACCAACGACCGUUGACUCACGCCACAGACGGACAAAGAAGCCCCGUCGAAAACCGAUAAAACGUGUCAUUGUGUCUUCAAUCCCUUCAUCCGCCCUCUCCCCUCUUGGUCAGCAGAGCUUUGGCCGCCCUUGACACAGACGGCCGCCCCAGCACCUCCGACAUAAACGCCCCAGCGUCGAUCACUCCGUCAAGGUCGACGCCCGUGUGGAUGCCCAGCCCAUGCAGCAUGUACAGCACGUCCUCAGUGGCCACGUUGCCGAGAGCGCCCUUGCAGUAGGGACACCCGCCGAGGCCCGCUGUGCUGCUGUCGAUGACUGCGAUGCCGUAUUGGAGGGCGGUGAGGAUGUUGGCCAGCGCCUGGCCGUACGUGUCGUGGCAGUGCAUCGCCAGACGCUCGAAGGGCAGGCCUUCAGCCGACAGGGCCUGCAGCAGGCGAUCGGCAUGACCUGCCACAAAAGAGACCAUAUCAGGUCCAUCAACGAAUAUGAGUGUGCGUUGGCCUCACCAGCUGUGCCGACUCCCAGAGUGUCGCCCAGGGAGACCUCAUAGCAGCCCGCCUCGAGCAGCCGCCGCACCACAGGCACCACUUGGGACGGCUCCAUAGCGCCCUCGUACGGGCACCCCAGCACCACAGAGCAUGAACCCCUCACCCUGAUGCCGUCAGCCGCCGCAUGCUCAAAGAUGGGGCGGAAUCGGUCGAAGCUCUCGUCGAUGGAACAGUUGAUGUUCUUCUGGCAGAAAGACUCGGUCGCUGCGGUGAAGAUGUUGACCUCGGUGGCGCCGGCCGCCCUGGCGGCCUCAUAGCCCUUCAGGUUGGGCACCAGCACCUGACACACAGACGGGGCGGCAGCAGCAAAGCCACAAUGGUGUGGUCUUCCGUGCAGUGGAAUUGGUUGUAUGCCUACAGGGUAUGUGACGCCUUGCCUCCUGUCGAUGCCGGCCAUGACCUCCUUGUGGUCGCCCAUUUGCGGCACCCACUUGGGGCUGACGAAAGCAGUCGCCUCAAUGGUCCGCAAACCAGUGCCUGGUGGCAACGCAACACACAAGAUCCACAGACAGGCAGAUCACAACAGUCAAGGUGUAUCGUUGCAUCGCCCUUGCAUUACCUGAGAGCCGAUUUAUGAAUUCAAUCUUCUUGGCCGUGUCGACAACGGUCUUUUCAUUCUGCAGGCCGUCCCUAGCGCCGACCUCCACCACUCGGACAGAUGCAGGGAGGCGGUCCCAGCCCCGGUGGGCCACAGCAGUUGAUGAGAAGCAGCGAUGUCGCCGCAAAGGAUCAAUCCGCCGCGCGAGAGGGACCAGCGAGCUCUUCCAGAGCACACCGCGGGAAUGGUACAUGGUGGACAGGGGCUGCUAGUCAGAGGAAGCCGCAAAGACAGGUUGCAUCGUCAAAUCUUCAUCCAUUUUCGACAGAUCUUCG